GGACAUUUCGCCUGCAUGGGUAAAAAACUCAACAAAUCCUGAAAACAACAAAUUCCCGAAUCACACAGCGAGGAGGAAGAGAAUAUGGAUAUGAGUGUGAUUAUGAGGUAUGGGGAUGAUAAAGCCGAGGAGUUAUGCCUUGAAGUGGAGGAUUACUGGGCUCGAGUGGAUGAAUCCGAUGGUUUCGAUGUCGAGGGAAUCCAAGCACCACCAGGGGGCACUCCAUUGAUACACUACGACUGUCAUCUGCCCAAUAGUAGGCAUCCUGAUCCUGUAUUGGUCAAGCUUUAUGCUAGUGCGGGGCUUCAUCGCUACAAUAUGUUGGAGGGGACGAACUUCAAGCUCGUUGAUGUAAUGAAAUUCAACAAGUUAAUGAUGCAUUUGUCCCCUUUCUACAUAACUUUACUUGCACAAGAUCCAGUUAGCCGUUCGCAGCAAACCUUUCAGGUUCAAGUUGAUGAACACUGUCUUAGCACUAUGGAUUUGACGGUUCUAAUUGCUAGACCUAAAGCUGUGUCCACCAAUGAGUCCGUCUUAGCUCCGCAGAGUUUUUCAGUGGAAGAAUCGCCUGAGUGGCCGUCAGAUUUCAAUGAUGGAAAACGAUUCUACCGGGUGAAGGAAUCUGAGUUGCGUAACAAUGAUUGGAUUUCUCUAUAUUUGCAACUUGUACUCGUAUCACAUGAUAGGAUGAGAAUCUCAGAUAGCGAUCUGUCCAAGCUGAAGAUUGUGGAAGCGGUGAUAGAAACCAAGGACGAUAUGCUGCCGCCGAAUGAGAGACUACUCAAUGCCAAAACUGCAAUUGUGUACAUAACUUUUAAGGGCUUCACCAAGUGUCGGAUUGGUGAUGAGCAUACUGAACGCAAAACUAUAGUUAGAAGAAUAUUCGAUGAGGAUACAGGACACCUUUCUAUCAAGGGUGAGUUGAUUGGUGAGUACAAGCUUGGAGGGGACUUUGACCCUGGUUGUUAUUUCAACUCUCCCGCGAUUCUAGAAGCUAGGCGUAUUUGUCAGGGCCUGCCGCCACAGCCGUUUUGAUGCCUUGAUGGACUAUAUAUAUAUAUGCUGUCUGCCUGGUAGCAAGAGUUACAUUUUCAAAUAUGGAUGCUGUUAUUUUGUGGAUUUUUAAGUGUCUAAUAUAUUAUCGAAUAUGCAGUGUUUUGUGGAUUUUGAAGUGUCUAAUAUUUAUUGAAUACAGUAAGUUAAUAUAUAUAUAUAUUAUAUAGACAAAUUGAC